AUGCCCGAACCAAAAAAUAUAACCUUCAACCUCCUCCCCGAGGAAACAAGACAGAAUUCUGCUAUCGGAGCUGAAAUCCAGCUACCGACAGGAAUGUCCAUUCUGGACCUGGCGCAGUUGACAGAAACAGAUAAAAAGAAUCUUCGAAAAGCUUUAUUUGAGAAUCAAGUUGUUGUUAUUCGAAAGCAAAAGGGCAUUGAUCCGACCAUUCUUCCCAAACUCGCGAAAAUUUUUGACCCACAUACAACAGACAUUCAUUCCGCCGGCGAGAAAGCUGUAAGCGACCCAAAAAACAUCCUGUCUGCAUACAAAGCAGGUAGAAUUCCCAAUGCUCCUCAAGUUGGGAUCAUAGGCUCGGGAAAAUUCUAUGAUUACGAGGGGCUCGACGAACUUGAAGUGGUUCAUCUAGACCAUACUCUUUUUCAUGAAGCUCCUCUUGACCAAGAUGCCUUGGACAAAGGUUAUACCCGCCCAUAUCGAUGGCAUAUGGACACCCCGUUCUAUGAGCGAAUGCCGGGUGAGGUGACAAUUCUACACUCGAUUCACAUCCCCAAAAUACCAGAUCAACGGAUUAGAUUUCCCGAUGGAAAAGAAAAGCAAAUAGCUGCCGGUGCCACUGCGUUCUUUUCCGGUGCUCGUGCUUUUGAACUUCUUACAGCAGAAGAAAAAGAAUUCGCUCUCAACACCACAGUCACAUAUGCACCCCAAGCUUAUGAAUAUAUACGUCACUGCAAGGCUUCAGACGACGGCCUGACCAUUCCACGAUUUGGACGUGAGCUGCCAAACGAAGAAUUAUCUGAGUGGAGCUGGGACAAAGUAGGAGAGCAUCCUAUGGUCUGGAAAAAUCCCCUCAACCCGGAUCGGCCAUUUCUCCAGGUCCAUGGCUGUUGUGUCUAUAAACUCACUACGCGUGAUCCAACAACUGGAAACAUCACGGUCAUGGAAAAUGUCGAGAAAGUCAGGGAAGUGAUCUACAAUAUGCAAAAAAAGAUUUAUGCCGCUGAAAAUAUCUAUGCUCAUCGAUGGGAAGAGGGUGAUCUGGUAAUUUUUCACAAUCGUGGAGUGAUGCAUAGUAUCACCGGUCAACUGUCCAAGCAUAGGGAAGAUGAGGACAAGAGAAGACUUCUCUGGCAGUGCACAAUGACAAGUAGAGCACCUCCAAAAGCAUUCCGACCGUACGAUGGGAUCAAUGAAACAGGAUAUGUUCGAGUCCAGUAA